AUGGCCUGGACGUCAGGAGCUGAUGACGAGCUGCUGCAUGGCUCGACGUCGUACCUGAGCAUGCUGCAUGACAAGGGGAGGAAUGCGGCCUACGACGCGGCCCUGCGCGCCGUGGGCCGAGCUCCAGAGCUCGUGCUCGAUUUGGGUGCAGGGACCGGCUUGCUGGCAGCCCUGGCAUGCCAGGCGCAUCCGUCCUGCCGCGCGGUGGCCUGCGAGGUCUAUGAGCGCUGUGCCCACGUGGCCGGACUGGUGUUGAAAGAGAAUGGCUUGCAGGAGCGUGUGAAGGUGGUGAACAAAGUGGCCAGCGACCUGGAGGUGGGUGAAGAUUUACCUCGGAAGGCCGACCUCUGCAUCUUCGAGCUCUUCGACUCCCAGCUCCUCGGGGAGAGCAUCUUGCCGAUCCUCCGAGAUGCCCAGGCGCAACGGGUCACUGGUGCACGGCUCACGGUCACGUCUGGCCCCGCACUCUUGGCGGCCGAUGUGCCGGAGCUGCGGGGCGCCGCCUGGCCACUGAUGCUGGGACAGCUCGGACUUGGCGAAGGCCGGUGGGUCUUCACGCAACUCUCCAACGCUUGGGAGGCCUUUGAUAUCGACUUUGCCCAUUUGCCAUCGACACCUCAAGCAAGAGCGACACAGGUAAAGGUCCACAGUGGUGGAGAAGCACACGCCGUGGCAUGGUGGUGGGAGUUGGACCUAGGUGGUGCGUCGCACAGCAGCUGGACGGAGGCUGCCACCGCCGCCGAUGCAAGCCAAGCGGCCCGACACCACUGGCGACCAUGCCUUUCCUUUCUGCCCGGACGGGCGGUGGAAGGGCGGAGCGAAGUGUCCAUCACGGCCGCCUUUGAUGAGGAAGGUGUUUGGUUCGCUUGGGGUGAAGGCUGUCCCCCACGCUGGUUGGAGGGCGUCACGCACAUCCCUCCCGAACGGGAGCGCCUUCUCCUGGCCGCGCCCGGCGGCGCCUUCCGGCGGGGUCUCCGGGCCCUGGCGGAGCUGGCCAGCUGGUCGCCGGAACCGGUGCUGCUACUUCCGGCAGAGGACUUGCUUUGCCUCGACACCUUCGCGCAAGUCUUGGAGGCACGAGAGGGCAGUGAAGGCCCAAAGCCCUGGCACGGCUGCGGGGCUCCGACCGAUGGCCUCCAGGCUUCAAUGCGGUGGAUCCUUCUCAGGUGGCGGGUAGUGCUGCCACGGUGCUGA